CGCCCACAAAUACCAUUCCUUCCUCCAAUCACAACACACCACGCUCCACACCUACUUUUCCCCUUUUCUCUUCUUCAAAGACACUAACUAGUACUCUCUUCCACAGAAGAGAGAGUCCGUGGAGAUCUUUCUCACUGCCACAGACGAGAAGAGGGAGGGGGAAAAGAAUUUGACGCUUUUGGAAAUCAUUUUUCCUCUGUUCCGGCUCUGCUUUCAGACAACAUUGGUAAACCCUCCUUUCACUCUUCAGAUAUCCUCUUUAUUGCACACUACUACUCUGUUUCGCAGCUAAAAAACCAGAGAGACUAAGAGAUGAUUGAAUGCCCAAAUUGUUAAGUGGUUUUGAUUGAUUUACGCGCUGCAAUUAGAAGAACAUUUAGUGGGAAAUGGAGAUUCUUUCACAAGCAUCUUAUCCAAAUUUGUUUCUGGGAGAAAACAAGAUUUAUGGUAGAGGAUGGACACCUAAAGAGAACAAACUAUUUGAGAAUGCUCUUGCAGUAUUUGAUAAAGAGACACCGGAUCGAUGGCAGAAGAUUGCAGAGAUGAUCCCUGGAAAGUCUGUCAUGGAUGUGUUGAGGCAGUACAAGGAAUUGGAAGAUGAUGUUAGUCAUAUUGAAGCUGGUUUGUAUCCAAUUCAUUCACCUUCUUCAUCGUUUACAUUAGAGUGGGUGAAUAAUUCUCGUACAUACGGCGGCUCCGGUGGUGGUGGUAAGAGACCUCCUUCUGGUAGAGCAGAUCAGGAGCGGAAGAAAGGAGUUCCAUGGACAGAAGAGGAGCACAGGUUGUUUCUGUUGGGUCUAAAGAAGUAUGGAAAAGGAGAUUGGAGAAACAUAUCUCGAAACUAUGUUAUCUCAAGGACUCCAACUCAAGUAGCAAGCCAUGCUCAGAAGUACUUCAUAAGGCAACUUUCAGGUGGGAAGGAUAAGAGGAGGUCCAGUAUUCAUGAUAUCACAACUGUAAAUUGCAUUGAAGCUACAACUUUACCAGACAAUCAUAGACCUCAUUCUGAAGAUCAAUCCACAUUUCUUCCGCAAAGUAAUAUGGGGUUCACACCCAAGCCAGUAUUUGACUGGAACCAAACCAAUAAUGGAGCAUCAAUGAUUUUCAACCAAAACAAUGGGAACUUCUUUGCGCAAUCUUCAUAUGGGAUGGGUUCUUACGGCUUGAAACAACAUGGGCAAAAUAUGCACAGAAAUGGUUUCCAUGGCUCUCAUGUUUGAACUCAAAGGUGCUGAAUUGUUCGAUUUCUCAAUGGUUGGCUAUCUGAAUUGUAGUUUAGUUGGAUUUCCAUGCUUCGUUUUUCAGAAUAUCAUUUUUCUGUAAAUAUGUCGAUUGGGGGGGAUUUAAGGUAGUUCAUAGCCUUUGAAACUUUAGAUGUAACUAGGAAUAUUGUGCUUGAAGAUCUCAUAAACUUUGAGCUUCGAAAUCGUGUAGGUGGAUUCUCAAAUUUUGGUUGCGCUUUGUGUCGUCAAUGAUCAUGAAAAUGGAAUUUGUAGGUUUCACCUUCAUAUCAUUACUUUGUAUGUUCUAUAACUUAAGGAAGUUGUACUUGUAUCAACAUGGAGAUAUUGAUAUCCAUUGUUUCCAUGGAUAAUCUAAUUUCAGUACGAGUGAUGUGUUCAGUGUUCUUAUUUAGAUGUCUUGAUAUGUCAAAGACAACCAAUGUGUGUAAAAUGUUCAUAUGAAGAGAUUCUCAAGAAAUCUGUUAGUGUUA